AUGCCCAACGGAUCUCUCAAUUCAUUUCUCUUCGCUGGAUCACAAAAGUUGUUGGAGUGGAAGACAAGAUUCGAGAUCGCUCUAGGCACUGCACGAGCUUUAGUUUAUCUCCACGAGGAAUGCAGAGAUCAAAUCAUCCACUCCGAUAUAAAGCCCGAGAACAUUUUGCUGGAUAGCGAUUUCACCGCAAAGAUAGCUGAUUUUGGCCUGGCAAAGUUAGUGGGAAGAGAUUUCAGCAGGGUUUUGACAAGCAUGAGAGGAACUCAAGGUUACAUUGCUCCCGAGUGGCUCGCUGGCUUAGCAAUUACUUCCAAGGCAGACGUGUAUAGCUUCGGCAUGAUGGUUCUGGAGAUAAUAUCGGGUCGAAGAAAUGUGGACAUGAGCGUGAAGGAACAGACUAAGCAGUACUUUCCUUCGUGGGCUGCAACUCAAAUUCAAAAUGGAGACAUGAUGAGUAUUUUGGACGAAAGAAUUGCAGAGCAUGUGGAUGUUGAGGAGGUGAGAAGAGCUACACUUGCAAGCUUGGUAUGCAUUGCAAAGGAUGAGAAUGAGAGGCCAAGCAUGGCUCAAGUUCUACUGAUUCUCCAUGGCAAGAUGGAUGCUGAUACACAAUUAAAAUGUUUAGCUCCUCUUGGCUGGGUGCCUUUCCGGUUAUGCUUGAUUUGGGUAGGGAAUAAACUUCUUUUCUCUCCAGGUGAUUAUUUCUAUCGUAGAUAUAAUGUUGUCAAAUGGAUUGGGUUGCAAGAGAUAUGUUUAGAACAUAGAGUGGACAGCGUUGAGAUUAUUUGA